AUGGCAAAUGGUGGCGGCGGCGGCGGCGGCAGCAGCAGCGGCGGCGACGGCGGCGGCGGCGGCGGAGGCAGCAGUCUUAGAAUGAGUAGCAAUAUCCACGCGAACCAUCUCAGCCUAGACGCGUCCUCCUCCUCCUCCUCUUCCUCUUCUUCUUCAUCCUCCUCUUCUUCUUCGUCCUCGGUCCACGAGCCCAAGAUGGAUGCGCUCAUCAUCCCGGUGACCAUGGAGGUGCCGUGCGACAGCCGGGGCCAACGCAUGUGGUGGGCUUUCCUGGCCUCCUCCAUGGUGACUUUCUUCGGGGGCCUCUUCAUCAUCCUGCUCUGGCGGACGCUCAAGUACCUGUGGACCGUUUGCUGCCACUGCGGGGGCAAGACGAAGGAGGCCCAGAAGAUUAACAAUGGCUCCAGCCAGGCUGAUGGCACUCUCAAGCCCGCGGACGAGAAAGAGGAGGUGGUGGCAGCCGAGGUCGGCUGGAUGACCUCCGUGAAGGACUGGGCGGGGGUGAUGAUCUCCGCCCAGACACUGACCGGCCGAGUCCUGGUUGUCUUAGUCUUUGCUCUCAGCAUUGGUGCACUUGUAAUAUACUUCAUAGAUUCGUCAAACCCAAUAGAAUCCUGCCAGAAUUUCUACAAAGAUUUCACAUUACAGAUCGACAUGGCUUUCAACGUGUUCUUCCUUCUCUACUUUGGCUUGCGGUUUAUUGCAGCCAACGACAAGCUGUGGUUCUGGCUGGAAGUGAACUCUGUGGUGGAUUUCUUCACGGUCCCCCCGGUGUUUGUGUCUGUGUACUUAAACAGAAGUUGGCUUGGUUUGAGAUUUUUAAGAGCUCUCAGACUGAUCCAGUUUUCAGAAAUUUUGCAGUUUCUGAAUAUCCUUAAGACAAGUAAUUCCAUCAAGCUGGUGAAUCUGCUCUCCAUCUUUAUCAGCACGUGGCUCACCGCAGCCGGGUUCAUCCAUUUGGUGGAGAAUUCAGGGGACCCAUGGGAAAAUUUCCAAAACAACCAGGCGCUUACCUACUGGGAAUGUGUCUACUUGCUCAUGGUCACCAUGUCCACUGUUGGCUACGGGGAUGUUUAUGCGAAAACCACGCUCGGGCGCCUCUUCAUGGUCUUCUUCAUCCUCGGGGGACUGGCCAUGUUUGCCAGCUACGUCCCUGAAAUCAUAGAGUUAAUAGGAAACCGCAAGAAAUACGGGGGCUCCUAUAGUGCGGUUAGUGGAAGAAAGCACAUUGUGGUCUGUGGACACAUCACUCUGGAGAGUGUCUCCAAUUUCCUGAAGGACUUCCUGCACAAGGACCGGGACGAUGUCAACGUGGAGAUCGUCUUUCUUCACAACAUUUCCCCCAACCUGGAGCUGGAAGCUCUAUUCAAACGACAUUUUACUCAGGUGGAAUUUUAUCAGGGUUCAGUCCUCAACCCACAUGAUCUUGCAAGAGUCAAGAUAGAGUCAGCAGAUGCGUGCCUCAUCCUUGCCAAUAAGUACUGCGCAGACCCCGACGCUGAAGAUGCCUCCAACAUCAUGAGAGUAAUCUCCAUAAAGAACUACCACCCGAAGAUAAGAAUCAUCACUCAGAUGCUGCAGUAUCACAACAAGGCCCAUCUGCUAAACAUCCCAAGCUGGAACUGGAAAGAGGGUGAUGAUGCAAUCUGCCUCGCGGAGCUGAAGCUGGGGUUCAUAGCCCAGAGCUGCCUGGCCCAGGGCCUCUCCACCAUGCUCGCCAACCUCUUCUCCAUGAGGUCAUUCAUAAAGAUUGAGGAAGACACGUGGCAGAAAUACUACUUGGAAGGAGUCUCCAAUGAAAUGUACACAGAAUAUCUCUCCAGUGCCUUCGUGGGUCUGUCCUUCCCUACUGUUUGUGAGCUGUGUUUUGUGAAGCUCAAGCUCCUAAUGAUAGCCAUUGAGUACAAGUCCGCCAACCGAGAGAGCCGAAGCCGAAAGCGUAUAUUAAUUAAUCCUGGAAACCAUCUUAAGAUCCAAGAAGGUACUUUAGGAUUUUUCAUCGCAAGUGAUGCCAAAGAAGUUAAAAGGGCAUUUUUUUACUGCAAGGCCUGUCAUGAUGACAUCACAGAUCCCAAAAGAAUAAAAAAAUGCGGCUGCAAACGGCUCAAGGUGGAAGCUAGAUCGCGCUACCCCAAAGACCCAUUUGAGUGCAAGAACACAACUCACAAUUCUCAGCUUGUGACCAAGCCAGUUGAAGAUGAGCAGCCCUCGACGCUGUCACCAAAAAAAAAGCAGCGGAAUGGAGGCAUGCGGAACUCCCCCGGCUCCUCGCCCAAGCUGAUGAGGCAUGACCCCUUGUUAAUUCCCGGCAAUGAUCAGAUUGACAACAUGGACUCCAACGUGAAGAAGUACGACUCUACUGGGAUGUUUCACUGGUGCGCACCCAAGGAGAUAGAGAAAGUCAUCCUGACUCGAAGUGAAGCCGCCAUGACCGUCCUGAGUGGCCACGUGGUGGUCUGCAUCUUUGGCGAUGUCAGCUCAGCCCUGAUUGGCCUCCGGAACCUGGUGAUGCCACUCCGUGCCAGCAACUUUCAUUACCACGAGCUCAAGCACAUCGUGUUCGUGGGCUCCAUUGAGUACCUCAAGCGGGAAUGGGAGACGCUUCACAACUUCCCCAAAGUGUCCAUAUUGCCUGGUACGCCAUUAAGUCGGGCUGAUUUAAGGGCCGUCAACAUCAACCUCUGUGACAUGUGCGUUAUCCUGUCAGCCAAUCAGAAUAAUAUUGAUGAUACUUCGCUGCAGGACAAGGAAUGCAUCUUGGCGUCACUCAACAUCAAAUCUAUGCAGUUUGAUGACAGCAUCGGGGUCUUGCAGGCGAAUUCCCAAGGGUUCACACCUCCGGGAAUGGACAGAACCUCGCCAGACAACAGCCCAGUGCACGGGAUGUUGCGUCAGCCAUCCAUCACAACUGGGGUCAACAUCCCCAUCAUCACUGAACUAGCUAAACCUGGCAAGUUGCCUUUGGUAUCAGUCAAUCAGGAAAAAAACAGUGGGACGCACAUUCUAAUGAUAACUGAACUGGUGAACGAUACUAAUGUUCAGUUUCUGGACCAAGACGAUGACGAUGACCCCGACACAGAACUGUACCUCACGCAGCCAUUUGCCUGUGGGACAGCAUUUGCCGUCAGCGUCCUGGACUCUCUCAUGAGUGCGACAUACUUCAAUGACAAUAUCCUCACCCUGAUCCGGACCCUGGUGACAGGAGGAGCCACGCCGGAGCUCGAGGCCCUGAUUGCGGAGGAGAAUGCUCUUCGAGGGGGCUACAGCACCCCCCAGACGCUGGCCAACAGGGACCGCUGCCGCGUGGCCCAGCUAGCGCUGCUGGACGGGCCCUUUGCGGACUUGGGGGAUGGUGGUUGUUAUGGUGAUCUGUUCUGCAAAGCUCUGAAAACGUAUAAUAUGCUUUGUUUUGGAAUUUACCGGCUGAGAGAUGCUCACCUCAGCACCCCCAGCCAGUGCACGAAGAGGUAUGUCAUCACCAACCCCCCGUACGAGUUUGAGCUCGUGCCGACGGACCUGAUCUUCUGCUUAAUGCAGUUUGACCACAACGCCGGCCAGUCCCGGGCCAGCCUCUCCCAUUCCUCCCACUCGUCCCAGUCCUCCAGCAAGAAGAGCUCCUCCGUUCACUCCAUCCCGUCCACAGCAAACCGACCGAACCGGCCCAAGUCCCGGGAGUCCCGAGACAAACAGAAGUACGUGCAGGAAGAGCGGCUCUGAUAUGUGUAUCCACUGCCACCGUGUGUGAAACUGUAUCUGCCACUCAUUUCCCCAGUGGGUGUUUCCAACAGUAACUCUCCCCAUUUCCCCCUGUAGUCCCCCCCCUUUUUUUUACACAUAUUUGCAUAUGUAUGAUAGUGUGCAUGUGGUUGUCAUUUUUAUUUCACCACCAUAAAACCCUUGAGCACAACAGCAACAAAGCAGAAGGACCAAAAGUUAUUAAUGAUUCUAGGGGGACAAUAACCCAAAGGCAUGCUCCAGACCUAAACAGCUCACUGUGGGAACGAGGUCGCAGAUUAGCGGAGCGCUUGCGAUCCCCGUCACUUAGGCAAAGCAAGUGAACUAGUCAGGGAAGGUGAUGUAGGAGAAAAGUUCAGUCUGACUUAUCGGGAUUAUCAGGGUGCUCUGGGUUUUGAUUUUGUU